AUGCCUGGCAGCAUAGAAAUCGCGAAGCAUGACUGCAAGCACGUGGAUGUUGAGCAUGCUGAGAAUAUCUCAAUCACAAACGAGGACAGAACCCGAGAGGAGAAGGCCUUGGUGCGGAAGAUUGACCUCUUCCUUUUGCCCACGAUCUGGCUGAUGUACCUCCUGAGCUACCUUGAUCGUACAAACAUCGGCAAUGCGAAGGUUGCUGGAAUGACGGACGACCUCGGAAUGGACUCCAACCAAUACUCGAUUGCGCUUGUCGUGUUCUUUGUAACAUACGUAGCGUUUGAGAUACCCAGCAACAUGGUGCUGUCCAAAACGAAGCCAUCGAUAUUCCUGCCAGUUAUCAUGACCAUCUGGGGCGUCUGCACUUGCUGCAUGGCCCUGAUAAAGACAUUUCAUCAGCUCCUCGCCCUGAGAAUCAUCGUCGGAAUCUUCGAGGCCGGUUUCGCCCCAGGAAUUCUUUUGAUCAUCAGCUCGUGGUACAAGAAAGACGAACAGUCCAAGAGAUUUGCCGUAUACAUCAGUGCAGCCGUGCUAUCAGGAGCCUUUGGCGGUAUACUUGCAGGCGGGAUAACCGAUUCGAUGGAUGGGGUUUAUGGACUCAGAGGAUGGCGAUGGCUGUUUAUCAUCGAGGGAGCUGCGACUGUCGCCUGGGCGAUAUGUGCCGGUUUCAUUCUCCCCGACUUCCCUUCAAACACGAAGAAGUUCACGCCCAGAGAAAAGGAGUUGGCCAUCAGUCGAUUGGAGGCGGACCACGCCCACGACCGUUCUGAAGACGGCCAGCUGACUUCGAUGCAAGCCCUGAAGCAAGCCCUCUCUUCUUGGCGAGUGUGGAUUAUGACUGCCGGGUACAUGGUGAUUGUUGGAAGCUCCACGCUCUCAUACUUCUACCCGACACUGGUCCAAGGACUCGGCUAUUCCAGUAAAAUGGCCCAGUACAUGGUCUGCCCCAUAUACGCUGUAGCCUUCGUAUGCGUGGCUAUAACCGGAUACUUCAGUGACCAGCAUCUCAACCGACGGGGUGCCAUCAUUGCAGUCUGGCUCUCAGUCUCCAUGAUUGCCUCCAUUGUUGUCUGUGUAGUGUACGGCUUCACUGCUCGGUACGCUCUGCUUGUGAUCAUGGCAGCGGGUCUUUGGUCAACAAACGGUCUCGCUUUGAGCUACGCUUCGUCGACCUUUGGCUCCAUGCCGCGGGAGACGCGCGCCGUGGCACUCGCGUUUGUGAACGCUAUGGGCAAUCUUGCGCAGAUUUACGGCGCAUACCUCUUCCCAUCCAAGGAUAUGCCCAAGUACUUGCUCGGUUUCGGAGUGAUUAGCGGAAUGUGUGGAUUGGGUGUGUUUGUUUACACCUUGGCGCAUUUCUUGAUCAGAAGAAAGUAG